AUGCAUUAUCAAUCAUUGAUCGCAUAUAUAUUUGUCGUACUUUUUGCUAUGACAAUAGUUUUGGCUCAAGCUAAUAAAGAACGCGAACAAUUUGCUGACCUAUUACAAAAACGAAAACAUCUUAAUGGUUAUUGGGUAGGAAAACGAUAUAUAAUUGCAUCUGAUGAAGAUCCAUUACUCGACAGUGACGAAGAUGUAUCAGCAGCAAAACGAGCAUCCUAUUUGGUGGGCAAACGUGGUACAUAUUUGGUUGGUAAACGUGCCUCUUAUCUUGUUGGACGUAAACGACGUGAUUUGAUGGCUACUGAUAGUUCACGACAAUAA